GAGUGUAGGCCAACCGGUUGCAGAUUCAGCUCCUCUCAGGCGGAGCGCUGACUACUCGAGACCCUGGCCCUCCGGUUCUCCGUCCCUCCUUCCUCCGGCCUAACUAGACUCGGUGUCUCCCACCACCACGGCCUUCCUUCCGUUGUAAAGCAUAAUGAGUCUCAUUAACAUUGUACGUGAACAUUGGACAAAUAUCCUUGUUCCUCUGGGAUUUGUGUUGGGAUGUUAUCUUGAUAGAAGAAACGACAGCAAACUUACUGCUUUUAGAAACAAAAGUUUGUUGUAUAAACGGGAACUGAAACCAGGAGAAGAAACAACAUGGAAGUGAAGAGCUAAAAGCCAGACUGUGAAACAAGCAACCAUGUUGCAUAAAAAUCAGUCCAAAUGCAGUUUUUGUCUUGAAUCUUCAAUUAAGGAUCUGGUGAAAGUUAAUUUGAAUAAUGCUGUUUUGUUUUAUUACAUUUUCACCUCUCUCAAUCUGCAUAUCUUUGUGCAACAGAAAAUUAGUUUAAAGUCCUAAAAUUUGCCCAAGAUUGUCCCCUUGGUGUCACUGGAGUGUAAAGUUUAAAAAUGAACAGCAAAUAGUUCAUUAUUUGUUUCAUUAACCUGGAUAUGUACAAAUGGUAUGGCAGACUUAAUAAAACUUAUUGUAUUUA